CCCUAGGCUGUCCAUACGUCAGAGGUUUUGGCAGCCCGCGGGUGAACUAUUUUCUUCAUUGUUGACCUUUCCUAAAUCUUAGGUGUAAUUAUUUCAUCAUUAGACGUACUCUGGCUGCACCCUUAUUAUCUAGUAUACAUAUUUAGUCAAAGUUUCGGCGAUGGACUCCGAAGAUGACACAAAGGACGAUGUGGAUUCUGGGAACGAGUCUAGCGGAGACGAUGUCGACUUUGCAAUGGACGUUGAGACACACAGUACACGGGAACGACAAACGGAGCUUGAGGAAUAUCGAUACGAGGUGUUAUCUACGGAGGAAAUCGUUCAGCAUAUGGUUGACUGCAUCAAAGAAGUGAACACUGUUGUCGAGAUACCAGCAACAACAACCCGCAUACUUUUAAACCAUUUUAAAUGGGACAAGGAAAAGCUCAUGGAAAGAUUCUAUGAUGGGGACCAAGACCAGUUGUUCUCUGAGGCUAGAGUCAUUAAUCCAUUCAGGAAACCAGUCAUACAAAGGCCAAAGUUGCCCAGACGGAUAUCAACAUCAGGGACAGAAGAAUGUGAAAUAUGUUUUUCAGUCCUACCAACCUCUAUGAUGACGGGUCUGGAGUGCGGCCACAGAUUUUGCACACAAUGUUGGUGUGAAUAUUUAACCACUAAAAUAAUGGAGGAGGGCCUUGGUCAGACAAUAGCGUGCGCGGCUCACGCGUGCGACAUCCUCGUGGACGACGCGACCGUCAUGCGACUGGUACGCGACCCGCGAGUCAAGCUCAAGUACCAACACAUCAUCACCAAUAGUUUUGUUGAGUGUAACCGACUGCUGCGCUGGUGUCCGUCCCCGGACUGCAGCAACGCCAUCAAGGUGGCCUACGUGGAGGCGGCGCCGGUGACGUGCCGCUGCGGACACACGUUCUGCUUCGCCUGCGGGGAGAACUGGCACGACCCCGUGCGCUGCUGCCUGCUCAGGAAGUGGAUCAAGAAAUGUGACGACGAUUCGGAAACGUCCAACUGGAUAGCGGCAAACACGAAGGAGUGCCCAAAAUGCAACGUGACGAUCGAGAAGGACGGUGGCUGCAACCACAUGGUGUGCAAGAACCAGAACUGCAAGGCAGACUUCUGCUGGGUCUGCCUCGGGCCCUGGGAACCGCACGGUAGCAGCUGGUACAACUGUAACAGGUACGAUGAAGACGAAGCGAAGGCAGCUCGCGACGCUCAGGAGCGGUCGCGGGCGGCGCUGCAGCGCUACCUGUUCUACUGCAACCGCUACAUGAACCACAUGCAGUCGCUGCGCUUCGAGUCCAAGCUCUACGCCUCCGUCAAGGAGAAGAUGGAGGAAAUGCAGCAGCACAACAUGAGCUGGAUUGAGGUGCAAUUCCUGAAGAAGGCGGUAGACAUCCUGUGCCAAUGCCGGCAGACUCUGAUGUACACAUACGUGUUCGCGUACUACCUGCGCAAGAACAACCAGUCCGUGAUAUUCGAGGACAACCAGCGCGACCUCGAGUCCGCCACCGAGACGCUCUCCGAGUACCUCGAGCGGGACAUCACUAGUGAGAACCUGGCCGACAUCAAACAGAAAGUCCAGGAUAAGUAUAGAUAUUGCGACAGCCGGCGCAAGGUGCUGCUGGAGCACGUGCACGAGGGCUACGAGAAGGACUGCUGGGACUACACAGAGUAACUUGCCUUCUGUCCGUUACACACACACGCACCCACACACACGCCGGCCCCGCCCACACGCGCCCGGCCCCGCCCACUCACGCGCCGGCCCCGCCCCACACACUAUACCUCCCGCGUCACGCUCUUGUUUCUAUCACUAGACUAAAAGCUGCGAACUAAAUCACAUUAUAUAUACUUUUCUUUCAACCGGGAUCCAUCUCAUAGCCCGUCACUGAGUAUUAACUAAUUCUGCCAGCAGACAAACAUUAUCAGAUGAAUAUUGAAUACUUACAAUAGUAUUUUUUUACUGUAUCAGCUUUAUCUGAUAAUGUCUUGCCUAUAGUUCUAUUUGAUCGAAAUUAAGAAAGUUAUAAGCAAUUCCAAUAUAGAUAUAAAUAUCUCAAUAAAGAUGCUAGUGUGAUGACUUAUACCAUUGCUAUAAUUAAUUUUUAUGUAAUUAAAACGAUUGUCUUCCGGAUGGCAUUACGCCGCACGGGAUUGUUGUUUGUGUAAAACUAUUUGGAUUCUGAUUGCCCAAUACCAAAUGUUAGAAAAAUCGUAAACAUCUAAAAAAAAACAUAAAUAAAUAUAAAAAAACGAUGUUUAAAAAAAAAUGUAAAUAGAUUCUAAAAUGAAUACAAGUAAUCCAUUCUUGGACCAGACAUAUGUUUGAUUUGUUCAUGUAACUGAAUUAGUCACAAUUCUAUUGAUAAUUAUAGUUAAUACUUCAUGAAUCCUACGGUCACACCGUAGUUUUUGUACUGAUCAAGUUAUAAUGACAUUUUUCUUUUUAAAUUAAUAUAAACUUUUAUUGUUCGGAAACCGGCCUUUUAUUAAAAGAUCUAAUCCUCUAUUUCGUGUUAUAAGUGUUUUAUAUUUAUAGUGCACCUCGUUCGGAAGCCAAUUAAUAGAUAGCAAAAGCUCUGACAUUUAAAGACCUGCUGAAUAUGUUCAUGUUACUCGCAAGUCCUGUCUAAAAAGUCCAAAUUGCUGUUCACACUUCCUUGAGACAUUUUGACCAACUUUGGAGCAAAAAAGCGAUAUGAUUUCAGGCUUGUUGACAUUUAAGCAGUGUAUUUAUGUAUAGACUUUAGAUUAAUUAAAUAAAGGUUAUUUUACGCCUUAGGGGAAACAAACUUUGGUACUAAAUCACGGGCAGUAAAACAACGACUAUCAAAAACCUUGUAUUAAAUUGAAAUAAAAUUACUUGUGAUUUUCUUAUUGUUAUUAGUGCGAAUUACAACCAAAAUUUACACAAAAUUAUUUUAUUAUAGAACUUAAAUAUUGUAUUUGAUUUGUUGUCUAAACUUCUGCCCGUGUUCAAAGAGAUUGACUUGUCCAUGUAUAAAUAAGGUGUUACUAACAAAAUUGAGCGUGUAUGACUAACAAGCGAGAGCCUAGAUCUCAUUACAUUUAACAAUCUGAUGUAUUAAACAUGCCCAAUUAAUGUACAGUCAACGCCAAAGUGACAAAAACAAAAACUAUCAAAUAUAGCAAAAUUAAUAAAAAAAUGUUCUAAAUUUUGAUGUUGAUUGUACAUAGACCGAUAAUGAAAUGCCGUAAAAUGCAAUGAAAAUUUUUCACAAGAAAUUGUUAACAUUUUUUUUUUGAGGAAUGAAAUGUUUUUCUUCUUCGUGACUAACAUUUUGUUAUCCAAGAGAUUGUGCAAAUCUUUGCGUGUAGACAAAUUUUUUCCGCUUGUGGCAUCCCAUAAAAAAAUAAUGAUUUGAUUGUUAUUAUUUUCACGUGCAUUGUAUUUGUUUCAAUUUAUUCAGAAAUUGGUGGUCCUCGUUUUGAUUUAAUUAACGGUAACUAAUUUCUACUAUGAUUAUCCGGACUUAUAUAUUGCAUUAUGGUCAUGAUAAAGCUUUAUUAAAAAUUUGCCUUAUGGAUCAGUUAUGUAUCGAAUCGCGGACCAUUAAUAUUGCAGGAUACACAAAGAGGUCGCCAUCGAAUCGGUUAUGAUGUGAUUUCGUGACGGCAGCGUUUAGUUCCGAGCUAGGUACUCCAAACAUACAAUGCUACUCGAACAUAACGUCUCACAUUAUAAACGUUCAGAUCUCCUGUUAUUACUUUAAAUAGAGUUCAUUUUACAUAUGUUUUUCGACUGUAAAACUUAGUCUUUAUAUUUUUUUUAAUAUUAAUCAUUUUGAUAUUUUAAAUCGUCUUAGCGUCGUGUAAAUCGCUUAGUGUAGUAAAGGUUUGAAUCUUUGUAUUAUUACGACCUCAUUUUCAUGGUAAUGUAAAAUAUUGCGAUGUAUUAUAAGUUCACAUAGCGGUGGUUUGUUUCGUUUGUCGAUUUUAACCUCGAUUAAACGAGUCUUUUAAUAAAAAAAUAGCACAAUAUGAUAUAAUAACGAUUAUAAUUAUCGGUUAAGAAGAAACAAAAAAUAUUUUUACCAAAAAUCCUAUUUUUGUUAUUAGAGUACUGUAUAUCAAUAUGAAACUGUUAGUCCAGCACUUAGUAUGUUUUAAUUCUGUGAUCAAGUUAUUCUCUAUCGUGAGGAAGGUGACCCCUUCCGGGCCGGUCCCGGCUGGCGGUCCGACUCCCGCCGACAGCCCGGCGACCGGCGUCUCGCGCUGCUCACACUGCAAACAAUAUUUAAAUAAGUAAUUAUAAAUAUUUCCAAUAAAAUUAAUGACUGGUAUUGUAAAGGUGUAGUUACUAAUUAAGAGCCGCGAACCAGUAACCCGUACCUCUAAAGCAAUAAGGACGAGUUCACAAUUAUAUUGACGCUGUGAAACAUUUCGGCACUAUAUCGUAACGGAGAAAUCAACAUAACUAUUUUUGAAAAUAUUUCGAUUCGCGAUAAUCAGCUUUAUUGUAAAUUAACUCUCGCGCUACAUAUCUGUUAACGAUUAAUAUCUGUGAGUUGUGGUACGAAAUGUGCACAAGUCAGUUGCACUGCCAGUUAAAUGUCGUGAAUUAUUAUAAGAAGCUUGCUGUGCGGCCGCUCACAUAGUGGACGCCGUACCCUAGGUAGGAAGCCCCGCUCCCACUGGACCAUGUUUCUACUUAACGGAGGGCUUCGGUACACACAUACUAUUGUACAUAUAGAUGCUAUAUAGAUAUUUAUAUGGUUAAUAUACCUAUGUAUUGACAAGCAUCUUGUAUGUGUGCCUAUGUUAAGGACACAGUUGUCUUAAGACUAAGAUGGAAAUAAAAAUAAAUAAAAAUAGUAACAUCGAA